AAAGUCUUAAAGAUAUCUACUGCACACUGAUUGUUUAUCAACAUCAUCAAACCUCCCAAGUCUUACCUUCACUGUUAUUUCAUUUAACUAUCCAACUGAUUGCAACAACAAUCUAAGACGAUUAACUGUCAAUCAUCAGCCAUGGCCGACCGACCACCUCCGCACGUCCGCCGAGGAACUAAUAGGAUCGCGGGCCAGAACACGACUGGUAUUCGUCGCAACCUUUUCCAGGGUCAGCUAACGCGACGCCCCACACCUACGACAACUUCAUCCAACGCCUCGGCCGAGACACUACGUUUGGGAGAUGUCGAAGUGCUUUCGGACACCUCCGAUAUCGUCAUCCGUGACAAGAACGGCGAAUUCGAUGUUGGCGAUCCGCCUACCCCCCCUCCGGACGACCCAGAAGAAGAUGGUGGGUUGGAUGAUGCGCAGGAGAGCCAACGUACGUGGUAACCUAUCUUGUCUGCAUAAUUCAGGAUAGAAUGUUGAACGACAGGUUUGCGACAAGCCAUACUGGUAGCUAACGUGAUACUCUACAGGCGAGAGGCAAAGAUUGGCCGAGGCCGUCAAACACCAUCAAAUAAACCACAACCGCACCCCUGCACAUCCUGAAGGUGAGACCAAAACAAAACAGAAGAAGACUCCGCUCACACAGAAGAAAGAGGUUCUUGAAACACUCCGA